UUUUCCCUCCAAUCCAAACAGCCAAAAGUUUUACCGAAUUAUAAAACUUCCCCGGCGAAUGCGUACUCUAAACAUUUGCGUAAGCAUUUUUGUUGAGGUACGUGUGUAGACAAAAGAAGGGGAAAUCAACGUCCUCAAUUCGCCUGAGAGCGGAAACUCAUUGAGCGCACAAACAGGAAGACGAAAAUUCCUUGCGGUGCAGCAUUUACCCACAUUUUAGAUUAUAAGAAGGAAACUUUGUUUAUCCUUGUUCACUGCUCAAAAUGUCUUCUUCAGACUUGUUGGACGUCGCUCCAUUCAAUGGAUUUGGACAAAGUUUUCAUAAGGUUUUGAAUAACAGAACAGAGGGAAAUGUUGUUGCAUCUUCGCUGAGUUGCAUGAUGGCUCUCGGUAUGAUUUACUUUGGAUCGAAAGAUCUCACUCGAAGUGUGAUGUCCAAGGCACUUCAACUGCCUGAAGAUCAGUUUGAGGCUGCAUCUAAAUUUCAAGCAAUGUCUACUGUUUUGGAGGGAAUCAAAGGUGUAGAACUCGCUCUUGGUAACAAAGCUUUUGUCAGUGAAAGCACGAAUAUUCUACCCGAGUACCUAACCGUGCUAAAUCAAUCUUUUAACGCAUCACCAGAAAGUAUAAACUUCUUGAGUAAAAAUUCCUCCUCCAUUGUGAAUGGUUGGGUCAAGAAUGUCACCAGAGGAAAAAUUGUUAAUCUUUUUAAAGAUGACGAUUUUAGUCCAUAUACCAAGCUCGCACUCAUCAACGCAAUCUACUUCAAAGGCCAAUGGAAAUCGCGAUUUGAGCCUGGGAAAACUGUCAAGGCCCCGUUUUACGUACGGCCCGAUUUUUCUGUUCGAGUUCCCAUGAUGUACCAAAAUGGAAGUUUUCUACACGCAGAUUUGAAAGAUUACAAUGCUCAAGUUGUUGUCUUGCCGUAUGAGGGCAAUGAUGUUUCAAUGGUAGUUGUUCUACCAAACGCCAAAGAUGGCUUGAAAGCCCUUGAGCAGAAGCUUGAUCGAUUGGAACUACUGAAAGAUUUGCUUAACAUGACAACUCUGACAAGCGUGGAUUUAUUUUUACCAAAGUUCAAAUUUGAAACCUUCAUCGAUCUGAAACCUCAAUUGCGCACUAUGGGCCUCCGCAAUAUUUUCUCUUGGAGCACAGCUGAUUUCUCAGGUAUUACGAAAUCUGAAAAACUGAGGGUGAGCAAAAUCGUUCAAAAGGCUAUAAUUGAAGUGAACGAGGAAGGCACUGUUGCAUCUGUAGCUACUGGACUAUUGAUGGACGAUCGAUUCGGACAACAAUCAGUGACAUUCCGCUGUGAUCACCCAUUUUUAUUCUUUCUGACAUACAAUGGUUCUUUUAGCUUGUUUGAAGGAAGAGUCGCUAAUCCUAAAAGAAAAUGAUGCUGAUAGAUCUUUAGUAAUUAUUUUAGUAAUAAAUAACCAAGUUUUAUAAAAAAAUCACCAAUUU